AUGGUUUUGAGCAGAGUGGGUCUAGGCUUCCUUGGCCUCUUUUUUACGGCCUCAGCCCUUCUGUUGAUGUUCCUCGCUUUUCUCGGAGGAGCAAGGAACUCGAACCCUCUGGACAGGAUUUAUUGGCUUGAAGCUGCCACAGGCAAUAUCCCCGGCGCACCCGACUUGUCCCGAUGGACAUAUUGGAAUCUCUGUGCAGUGAACAGCGCCGGCCACAAUGAGUGCGGAAAGUCGUACCCUGACUACCCCUUUGAUCCCCCAGGCCACCGGAACUUUGAUACCCAUGUCAACGUCCCUGCAGCUUUCAUUGGGACCCGCCAUUAUUUCUUGACCUCCCGCUUCAUGUUCCCAUUCCACAUCAUCGCCUUGUUCUUCGCUACCUGCUCGCUCUUCACGGGUUUCCUUGCCAUGUGCACCCGAAUUGGAAAUUGGGUCUCGGCAUUUUCAGCGUACUUUGCGCUGACUUUCCAGACCAUCACCACUUGCCUGAUGACCGCUGUCUACGUCCAGGGUCGCAAUAAAUUCAACAACAACGGCCAAUCGUCUCAUCUCGGUGUUAAGGCUUUCGCCUUCAUGUGGACUUCCGUCGCUCUCCUCUUCCUCUCCUGCGUGAUCUACUGCAUGGGAGGCGCCGUCGGCCGAAAGGACGGCGGAUAUAACGGACGGGAACAGAGACGGCGUGGUUUCUUCAAUUCGCGCCGAGGGGGGAGCUUGAGAAGCAACAAGGAAACCGCGCCGUAA